UUUAAGUUUUUUUGGGGGGUAUUUUGAGCUGAAAUUUUGGAUUUACUUUGAUGAUUUCUGAAGGUUAUCAGCAUUUGAUUUGUGUAUUGUGUUCAAGUUUGGAGCUAGUGAACUGAGGGGUUACUCUGUUUUCUAGAGUGAAAUUUGAGCGUUUCUUUCUUCAUUUUGAAUCACCUUGUUUUAUUGUUUUAACUUAUGGGGCUAUGGGUUUUCUUCUUCUUUUUUUAGGUUGUGAUGAAUUUAGAGAAGGGAUUCUGAUUUUGGAGUUGCUUUGUUGUGUAAAUUGUCAGAUUUGAGUUCUUAGCUUUUGUUAAUUGUAGUUCUUACAGGAUGAUGUAUUUUUAGAGACUGCAACAUGCUUUAAUUGGCAAACCCAAUUCAUGUCCAUUCUUUGUGCUUGUACUGUAAUUAUGUUACGGAAAAACUCGUUGGACUUGGUUCAAUUUUAAUCAGUGUGUUAGCAGCAAGUAUGAUAACUGGUGUCGAGGUCGGCACCAACUGUAAUUAAGAAGGGGAUCUUGUACUCUGAAUUUACCCUGUAUUACGUAAAUAUGCCUCCAUGGUGGGGAAAGUCUUCAUCCAAAGAAGACAAAAAGAAAGCAAGCAAAGAGAGUUUCAUUGAUGCUAUAAAUCGUAAGCUUAAGAUCACAUCUGAUGAAAAAUCCACUAGCAGAUCUGGGGGUUCUCGAAGAAGCCGUAGUGGUGCUGUCUCGCAAAGGGGAUCUCUGUCUCGAGUCCCAUCGCGAUCACCAUCGCCCUCCACGCAAGUAUCACGCUGUCAAAGUUUUGUGGAAAGGCCUCAUGCUCAACCACUUCCUCUUCCUGGGGGGAAUCAUGCUAAUGUUUUACGCUCUAAUUCUGGAAUUAAUGCAUCUAUAAGACCAGGAUUUGACAGAGGCUCAAAGCCAUCACCCUUGCCAAAACCUGGACAAUUCUCUAAGAAACUGGAUCGUGUAGAUGGUGAGGGAGAUUUUGCUACUGCUUCUAUUUCUAGUGAUAGCUCUAUUGAUAGUGAUGAUCCGUCUGAUUCCCGUCUACUUAGCCCAUUGACUUCUGAUUAUGAGAAUGGCCAGAGAACUGCAGCAAACAGUCCAUCUGGCACAAAGCACAUGGAUCAGUUGUCUGACGUCAAUCAGGAGUCAAAAGAGAUACUGAAGCCAUCUAAUAUAUCUUUUAAUAAUCAGUACCUAUCCACGUCACCUAAGCGAGGAUCAAUGACCAAUCAUGUGCAGAAUUUACAGAUACCUCAGCGUGGUGCUUUGUCUAGUGCCCCGGACAGUUCAAUGUCAAGUCCUUCUAGAAGUCCAUUGAGAGCAUUUGGUCUUGAGCAAGUUUGGAACUCUGGUCCUGGUACCGGAAAGCCUUUCUCUGACAUAGUUUUCUUGGGAUCUGGACAAUGCUCUAGUCCUGGUUCAGGCCAUAAUUCUGUUGGUGGAGAUAUGUCAGGGCAGUUGCUUUGGCCACAAAGCAGGUGUAGCCCUGAGUGUUCUCCUUUACCUAGUCCCAGAAUGACGAGCCCUGGUCCCAGCUCUAGGAUACACAGUGGUGCUGUCACCCCUUUGCAUCCGCGAGCAGCAGGGGCUGCUGCUGAGUCACCUACAAGUCGACCUGAUGAUGGGAAACAGCAAAGCCACAGGUUGCCUCUUCCCCCAAUAACAAUAUCUAAUACUUGCCCUUUUUCUCCUGGGUAUUCUGCAGCAACAUCUCCAUCAUUACCCCGAAGUCCUGGUAGGGCAGAAAACCCAACAAGCCCUUGCUCCCGCUGGAAGAAAGGACGAUUGUUGGGGAGGGGUACAUUUGGACAUGUCUAUCUUGGUUUUAACAGUGAAAGUGGGGAGAUGUGUGCAAUGAAGGAAGUAACCUUGUUUUCUGAUGAUGCCAAAUCAAAGGAAAGUGCACAGCAGUUGGGACAAGAAAUUAUGCUGCUUAGUCAGUUACGACAUCCAAAUAUAGUGCAAUAUUAUGGAUAUGAAACUGUAGAUGAUAAACUUUAUAUAUACUUGGAGUACGUUUCUGGUGGCUCCAUUUACAAACUUCUUCAGGAGUAUGGUCCGUUUGGUGAAAGUGCCAUUCGGAAUUAUACUCAACAAAUUUUGUCUGGGUUGGCUUACUUGCAUGCUAAAAAUACUGUUCAUAGAGACAUAAAAGGCGCAAACAUACUGGUUGAUCCCAAUGGACGUGUGAAAUUGGCUGAUUUUGGGAUGGCAAAGCAUAUUACAGGGUCAUCUUGUCCGCUAUCGUUCAAAGGAAGCCCCUAUUGGAUGGCACCUGAGGUUAUUAAAAACUCAAAUGGAUGUAACCUAGCUGUUGACAUAUGGAGCCUUGGGUGCACUGUAUUGGAGAUGGCUACCACAAAGCCUCCUUGGAGCCAGUAUGAAGGGGUUGCUGCUAUGUUCAAAAUUGGCAAUAGUAAAGAACUUCCAGCAAUUCCUGAUACUCUUUCAGAGGAGGGAAAGGACUUUGUGAGGCAGUGUUUACAAAGAAACCCAUUACACCGCCCCACAGCAGCUUGGCUUUUAGAGCAUCCUUUCAUAAAAAAUGCAGCACCGCUAGAAAGACCCAUUUUUAGUGCUGAUGCAUCAGACCCAUCACCUGCAGUUGCAAAUGCAAUGAGAACACUGGGAAUUGGAAAUGCUAGAAAUUUUCCAUGCAUAGAUUCAGAAGGGACAGCUAGCCUUCCAUGUAGAGCUUUAAAAACGGUAUCAGGAUCCAGUGACAUUCAUACACCUAGGAACAUGUCAUGCCCAGUUUCGCCCAUUGGCAGUCCUCUACCACAUCCAAGGUCACCGCAAAAUUUGAGUGGAAGGAUGUCCCCGUCUCCUAUAUCUAGCCCUCAUGCUCUCUCUGGUUCAUCCACUCCUCUUACUGGUGGCAGUGGCACCAUUCCAUUUCAUCACCAAAAACAGCCAAUGGCCUAUUUGCAUGAAGGUCUUGGAAUAAUACCAAGGUCUCAAACUAAUUUUUAUGGAAAUGCCAACAACCCUUAUCAAGAACCCAAGCCUGACAUGUUUCGAGGGAUUUCACAAGCUUCUAAUGUUUCUCAAGAAAUGAUUUCAUCAGAUACUGGUGCUUUUGGAAAACAGUAUGGAUGGCCAGGGCAUGGGGAUCAUAGGGAUUUCUACAAUGGACAGCCAGCCCUGGCUGAUCAUGUGUCUCAGCAACUCUUAAGGGACCAUGUGAAAUUGAAACCAUCACUGGACCUUAAUCCUGGUUCAUCGAUGCUUGGUCGUAAUGGUGGAAUCUAGUUUGCUCCCAAAAUCUCUGUCAGGGAAGGGCCUCCAGGCAUUUUAGGUGCAGCUGUUGUUUCUGGAAAUUUGAAUGGCAGAAGGGAGAUAAUGUUAUUGAAGUGGCACUUUGCUUGCUUCAGUUCUUACAGUAAGCAACAUGCAAGAGGCUUUUGAGGCUGGAUAUUAACCGCACUCUAAAUUGUCGCUGGUGUCUAAGACUCGGCACAUAUUUCACCAUCAUAAUAGCAGCAGACAAUCUGUGUUUUUGUGAGUAGAUUGCGCAAAAAUGGAGGCAAAGUAAGUUGAAAACCAAACUAAUCUCUGGAGUCCACUUAAGCAGUUCCGGACAAUGAACAUUUGCUAGUGUAAACAGACCUGUACAUUUUAUUACACCCAAGAAACACAUAGUUAGAAGAAGAGCUAUUCUUUUGCCAUUUUCCCCUCCCUCUUACAUUUUUACAGGUUGGGGAUUAAAAGUUCUGUACAGAAGGUGGGGAACCAAAACCAAAUCUAGGCUUUUGUCAAAGAUUGACUUGUGGAAAUUAGCUGAGACUGGUUCUGGUAAAUUUCUUUUUCUUUUUAAUAUAUCAACUGUAGAGCUCAGCCGAAAACUUAAUUGUGGCUGUUGAUAUUGAUGUACCUAUAUAUAUCACACACUGGCAGCAUAUUGAUAAAACUCAAAUUUGACCUGUAUUCACUUUCCAAUGUUGGAAAAUGAUUUAUGUUGAAAAAUUUUUGCUA